CCUGGACAGCAUGCAUCAAGUGUUGAGACGUGGGAAAGAGGAGUUGCCGUCGUCUGGACCUCUGUGAUCAUCAUCUGUGAAAGCUCCAAUCUCUGGUGAGCGGCCUGUCAGCCAGCCACGUCCAGCUCUCUAUUGCUAUGGAUGCCUGUGCCCGUAUUAGAGGAGUUCCAAUAAGGUCCAGGGCCUCAGUCCGCAAAGAGACUGUACGUGACAGUGGGGCUCAGUGUGUGAAGAACCUCUUUAGGAAUAAAAAGGAGCUAUGCAGUGUUGGCCAAGAGCUGCCAACCAGAGACGCAACAAGACUGACAGAGAUUCAUUUUGUGUGCCUGCCUGGUCAGGUUGAAGGGGAAGAUGUCAUCCACCAGGCUCUGUCAACUCUGCCAGGAGGGCUGUGUGAACUUCUCAGGUCCCUCCACGUACACAGCCUCAAGAAUGAUGAGGUUCUGCUGUUCAAAGACUGCCGCAGGCUGGCAGAGCACAAGGACACUGGGCCUCAGUGUUGGUUAAAGGCCGUGUGUGUGCUGAGGCAUAAUCCCACCACUGGCAUCUACCCUCAGGCCAGUGUAGGAUCUUUGGUCGGUUUGCUGGGGUGCUACAUGGCAGGUGUCCGCUAUGCUUUGGAAAUUCAGGCUCUUCAGAGGGGCACAGCUGAGCCCAGCCAGCCAGAGGAAGAUGACACCAACCAGUCAGUCUCAUCAAUUGAGGAUGACUUUGUGACUGCCCUGGAGCACCUGGAGGAGGACGACACAGCAGACAAUCCCUCUGCAUCUUCCUAUCACCAUUUUAAAAAGCGUGAUGUGGCAUCACAGACAGUCCCAGCCCACAAGAGAAGAAAGGAAUUAUCAGGCUCCCGCAUUAUCAUGAGCUCAUCUUCAGCCAAACAUAGGUCAGGUCCAGAUGUAUCUGUCACAGUGCAGAGGUCAUCAGGUGUGGAAUCCCAGUGGACUUACUGCAGUCCUGGAGCUCGUCUCGCCUCGCCUUUAAUUCAUGUCAGUGAAUCAGAAGAAUCAGACUGCUCCAGCCCCAGCCCAAUCAUUUUCUUGGAUGAGGUGGGCUACCAGAAGAGCCUGCUAGCUAAACUUGACAUCCCCCAGGUGCCAGGGGGGCCGAGAGAGCGAGUUGAAGACUCAGACUCUGAAGUCAGUGAGUUCUUUGAUAGUUUUGACCAGUUUGAUGACCUGGAGGAGCUGAGCUCAGAGAGCUGCACUCUCGCACUGCCUCUGGAUGCCAUCAAUGCCCCAGCCACACAGAAAAAGGCCACUGAGUCCAGCACCAGUGGGUCAGCAUCUAAAUAUGUUUCUAGGGGAUGCUCAACUAAGGGUAUGAAUCCUCACUGCUUUGACCAGCCCACUCUCCCAGCCAAUGUGAAAAAGCCCACUCCUCUGAAACCAGGCUCUCCCUACUCACUUCACUCUGAGGUGCCUGACUCCCCUCGACCAGUGCAGACCCCCUCUGAGGAGAAUGGUGGCCCACUUUUCAGUCCUGUCAGCUCCUCAGCCUUCAGCCCUCUGGUGGAUUCUAGUGGAACACUUGAAUACUUCUGGAAGACAGAUGAGGAUGGACAGGACAGCUCAGAACUACGUAAACCCCAGGAUCUCUGCUCUCUGUAUAAGACCUACUCAGACUUUGCCAGCAGUCUUUCCAAAGAAAUUUUGGGAUCUGUGUGUGGCUACCAGUCUGCAGUGGACAUCAGUGACAACAAGAACCUCAGCUGCGUCUGCCACAAGGAAUUCAAGAACCCUUCAGGCUACCUGAUGAAGCUCUCAGAAAUACAAGAGACUGUAACAGUGACCAAGCUGCAGAAGAAAUCACAGUCACUGAAGGAUGGCAUUCAGAGGUUUGCCACUGACCUUGUGGAAAUGAGUUUGGGAAGCGCCUUGCGAGACCUCCAAAAAGGUGUAUCCUCCUGUACCACCACCUUGUGUCACCUAGCUGCCAGGCUCACAUCCUCUGUGUUUCAGAUGGCCUUCCAUGAGAUUGGCAUGCGCCAUGCCUAUGUGUUGAAGGAACGAGCAAUCAAUGGAUUAGCUGGUUUCCUAGUUGGAGAGGCUGUGUCUGGGGCACUGAAAGAGUUCCUGACAGUGAAAAAGCAGAUUUUCCACAGCACAGUGACACGUUUUGCUGCUGAUCUGGCUGAAGAGCUGGUGUUUGAGGGCAUUAUGGAAGUGUGUCAGUUCUCCCACCCCUCAACCCCUCUCACCCCUAGUGAUUGGUCCUUUGGCCACAGGCAAGAAGAAGAGGAAGAGGAGGAGGUGGUUUCCUCCUAUGCUUCAGACUUGUCUGAGUCUGUUAUCCAGGAGGCCUUCAUAGAGCUUUCUCAGGCUGAUGUUUCCUUCACCAGCCAAGCAGCUAUUAGUGUGUCUCUGGACAACAUCUGUUAUGCAGUCAGUGCAGAGAACACUAGCACUCACACAUGCAGUACCUUUGCUAACCAACAGGUUUUAAGUGCUGGCUCAGCUGCAGCAGUCCCAGAGCCCUCAGGAGAGGUUGCUACCUGCACAGUGAAGAAAGCCCUGUUCACUGUAUCGGGUAUGGCCAGCUGCAUUCCUGUACCCCAAGCAGGCCAAGCCCUCUCUCACGUCCAGGACUCUGAGGAGACUCGUCAGUAUAAGUCUAUCUUGUCAGAUACCCCACAGGCCAGCCCUAAAAGACCGACUUUAUCAUCCUCUGAUACCACCACAUCUACACAAACUCACCUUUAUAGUCAUGGAACUCAGACACCCAUACCUGGAGGAGAUCCCUCCCAAGGAAGGUACCCAUUCCAAAACUUCUCUGGCAACAUGGUGGAAAUGAUAGUAACUGAGGCUUGUGAGCUAAUAACUGCUUCUAAGAUGAACAAGAGUUUUGGUGACUGUGCUAAUUUCCUCACAAAGACAAUCGGAAGCAGAAGGGGCUCUUCUUCUAAGCAGGAGAUGGCUAAUUAUGAGGCUCCAGAUUCCCCUUCAAAGCAGGGAGCUUGCAGGGAGAGUUUUAGAUAUGACUGCAGAGAUUCUGGCUAUGUUCAGAAUGAUGACCCUGUUAAGCAAGCAACAGACCUUAGCAUACCUCACAUUUCCUUUCAGACAGACUUUCAAAGUCAGGGGAUAGUUAGCUGUGAGAUUGACCCCAGGAUCAGAGGUGUGCCUGAAACCCAUCCUAUGAUGAUGGAUACUCUUGAUGUGCCUGGUACUGAGAUGGGUGGACAACGGAGGACAUCUGCUCCGAGGGAUGACUCAGUUCCAAGCUCUGGUCAAAAAUCUGGAGGGACUCCUGGCACUCCUCCUUCAACCCCUCAGCAGCCCAAUGAGGUGUCCAAGGAAAAACAGAUAAAACAGUUCUCCAAGAAGCUGAAAAGCAAACUGGCCAAGGAAUUUUCCCCUGCUACCCCCCCACCUACUCCUCACUAUCAGCCUGAGCCUGGCCCAGGUCCAAAAGACAUCACCCCUGAGGCAGACAAGGCUGAGUUUAUGCUCAAAUUGAUGAGGUCUCUCUCUGAGGAGGCAGAUGGCAAUGAGGAUGAAGAGGAAGAAUUGGCAGGAGAGGGAGGUGUUGGUGGGGCUAACAGAUGUUUAGAGACAGGGGGUGGCCGGCAUGAGCUGAACCAGAUGUCCACUCGCAGAAUGUCCAACAAGGAAGCUCUCCACUAUGCUGAGCGGUUGGCUUGUCACAUUGUCUCCAUGGCAACAGAGAUGGACACGCUGGGAGUGGCAGAGCAGGAGGGGGAGAUAAGCAAGGGGAGUGAGAGACGGAGAGACAGCGUGGCCCAGUUCUCAGAGCAGACCCUGAACACCUUGUGGGUAUAUGCUGGGGAGGUGGCGGGAGAGGUCAUCAAUGAUGUGAAGAAGAUGGUGAGCUCUGCACAGCAGUGUCCAUAUCACAGGGCCUACAGAAGACGAAGCUUUGACAGAUCUAGCUCUGAAUGUUUGCAUCACCACUAUCAUCAACACCAGUCUCAAACCAGUACAGACCACAACAGAGACUGGAGGAUAGGGAGGCUUGCUGAGCAAUGGUCUAAUGACCUGGUAGCCUCUGUCCUCCGGUCUCCCACCUCCACUUCAAGCACUAUCUCCAGUGCCAGCUCUGGCUUGUCCUCAGAGUAUCCCAGCUGUGAGAGUGUGACAGAUGAAUAUGCGGGCUACCUCAUCAGGGUGCUGAAAAAGGAGGGAGGCAGUAGGGAGUUGGUCCUAGACCAGUAUGCCAGUCGUUUGGCCUACCGCUCCAUAAAACUAGGCUUGGCUCAUGCCAGUCGCAAGAUCAAGCAGAGAUCCUCCAGCACUCACCUUCACUCUUCCAAGUCACUGCCAGAUGAAUGGAAAACUUCUGGUAGUGAGGCCUCAUGGCCCAAGGACAGAGCAGAGUCAGAGGCUUGUCCCUCAGGCAAGGAUGCUCAGUGUUGUUGUCGGGACUCUGAAGAGCAGUGUCAGAGGGAGUACGUGGAUCUGUUAAACUUUGCAGAGUCUUUAGCUUAUAACAUCACCUGUGAUGUCACACGCAAGCUGCAUCUGUCCUCUGUACGGCUGCCCAAGUCACUCACUGACUCCUGUCUUUAUAAGAAAUCCAAACUGGAAGACAUGGCAGAAAAUCUCAUCAGGAACUCUUUCUCCUGCCCCCUGUUGUCCAAGGAGGAUAAGAGCAAGCAUUACCACAGUACAGGAAGCCUGUACGAUGGAGGAUACAGGAGUAGGGUGAUGCAGGUCAUCGAGCAUUAUGCCAGGAAAAUAGUUGAUGACACUCUGAAGAUGAGCCUGGCUUCAGUUGGACAUUCAUCCUGGCAGCAGAGAAGGACCCAAGACCCUGAUAGGCACUCUCACACGCAGAAGUUGACUGAGGUGCCAUCACUGGGCCAAGCCCUGGGAGAGAGGACAUGCCGUUACUGUCAGGUCCACGAGUGCCCAUACUGCACCAAACUUAGCAGGCACCACCACCAGUCUGUACUACAGAGGAGGAAAAGGGGGUCAGAAUGUCAGGGAAGGACUGAGCGGCUGUCUAGCCUCGAGAUUCCCAAGAUCCACAUUGACCUGGACCACAGGGCAGUGUUUGCUGAGGAGAUGGUGUCCAUGGCAAUGGAGACAGCUAAACGUGAGCUGAGCAACACCAGCCUUAAUGCCGACAGUGGCAUCGGCCAUGAUGGAACCAGCUACGCUGAGAGCCUGACUGCUGAGAUCAUGACGUCAGCCCUGUCCAACAUCUGUCAGACUGCCAACAUCAGCUUUCCAGGUAGGGAGGCCACUGAGUCCUCUGUGUCCCAGCAGCUGAGUGUGGGAGAUGACAGUCUGGGCAGCUGGUCUAACCUGAGCUUUGAGGAUGAGCACCCAGAUGACAACAGCAGUUUCCUCCACCUCAGUGAUAGCAGCAAUGGGAACAGCAGUAGCUGGAGCAGUCUAGGCCUGGAGGGGGAGGCCUGUGAGGAGCGCAUGUCAUUCUCUCCCUCUGACAGCGACAAUACGGAGGACAAGGAGACUGAGGUCAAAGAGGAAUCCAGUGGGACUCUCUGUAUGGACAGGACUCAGGUGCAGGCUCCCAGGACUUCGCUGGUCAUAGUAAACUCGGACGUCAGGGAGCUUGGGUGUGGCCCUCAACACGUGACCCUUGACCCUCAGCUCAGGAGCAUGCUGCAGUGGGUGGCAGCCUCCAUGGCCGACAUCUCCCAGAUCCAGCUAAGUCCUGACAGAGAGCUCCAGCAGCUCCCAGUGGUGGUCCAAAGACUUCGUGAGAGGAAGUGGAGGGUGGGAGAGCUGUUGCACAUGCUGCUGCGCUACUGUGAAGAGAGUCAGACACACAGUCAGUCCAGAGAGGAGGCACACCAGGCAGGCAGAGAACUGCACUGCGUCCCCCUGUUCCAGUGGCUCCUGGAGCAUGCCUAGGUCUUCUCCUCUCCUCUCCUCUCCUCUCUCCCUAGUUCCAAACAGGGCUUUGCAAACUCCACAGCCCCUAGAUGGCGCCAUACCAAUCAGCCGAUCUAACUUACUCCUAUGAAUGUGGGCGGCAUGUGUUUUGCAUUGCAUGCUGUGACUAAGAGUAAUUCUGUUGUAUUUUAUUUGUCUGUUCACCUUCUGUUUUGCUGUUGCCGUUCAUUAUUCAUCGGGCUGCAUAUAUUACAUCUUGAUUCAGUGAGCUGUCUGUCCCGCCCACCUACACCUCUGAAUUGAAGCCCUCACACCUUGCUGCGGUUUAACUUGAUCUACAGAAAGAAAAAGAGAGACGAGAGAGAGGGAGAGAGAAACCCAUCCCAUCUGUUCCAGACAGAGACGCAAAUGCAAUGAGUUGAGAGAAAGAGAAUGUGUUUUUUGUUAGGGAAUCCCCAUGUUGGGUGGAUGAUGUCAUCACACCCACAGCUCACCUCUGCGGUGUUUCCACAUGUUAAGAGACCAACUGUGCGCACACACCACACCACAGCACACCACACCCUUGUAUUAUCAGAGGGAAUCCAAGAUACACCAACACUCAUCAACAUCUGACACGAUUAUUCCCCCAUAGUAUUCCAUUAUUGUAUUCAUCCAUUCAGGAUGACUGUGCUUGUUAUUCCCGUUCUGUUCCAGUGAAGUUCUUCUCUGGACCACUGAAUGAGUGAAAUGCUGGUAUAGGCAUAAACUGAUAUGCUGCAGACGUACAGAUGGGCAUGACUCAAUUCAAUUUCAUUUGAAUUCAAAUUCAAGUUUUAAAACCCACAUCUUAAGUAAAUUAUACUACGCUGUCAUUUUGCAUUGAUGAACAAAGGGGGCAUUCAGUUGGCAGCAGAAUGAUGAAUAGCACUUGAUGAAGUUGCCUCUUGCCAGUAUUGGUAUUCCUGUUUUAUCUAAUACUGUAAUACUACUUGCCAAGCCUCAAUCUCCUUUGUUGUGAAACUUAGUAAAAUAUUCAGAGUGGAUGAUGUUUACUCGUGUGGACGGUAUUAAAAACAGAAAAGAAUAUUUUUGAAGUAGAUUAUGUCUAAUCAAACAUGAAAUGCUGCUCAAAGCUAUGAAAGAAGCCAUGAUAGCGGCUUAAUGUUGCCAAAUGUAGUUUGUAAGGUGACUCUCCUGCAGUCAGUAAUGUGUAUGAUCCCCUGGUCAUCUGUGGCUCAAUUCCAGUUUGGGGAAGAUCCAGUGACGCAGAUAGUGGAUCUUUUAGCAAUUAAAGACACCCCUCCGGUCUGCACCUCCAGAACCACAAACUGCAUUGCUCAACCCUGGACUCGCACAUUUUGUCACCCACGCGCCACAGUCACCUUGUGGAAUGAAGAACUCUGAACACCACAACUUCCACACAGCACUAACCCCUCUAACACACACCCCUGUUACUCACUAGUCUCCAUGCGUACGUCCACAUGCACAGCACUACCAGCUACUUGCUGAAAUGCACUUUUUUUUUUAAUUUGGCCGAAGAGAGAUCGGGCAUUUCCAGCCCUGCCCUCAGACCUCUCCUGGCCUCCUCUGUGAACUUACUCACAGCACGGAUGGUCUGCUCUGCAGUCACUUAACGUAUAUGCGCAGUCUCCCCCUCCAAAGAAAAAUGAUUGGGAUACAUUUUGAUGCUGCUGUUUAUUUAUCGUUUUUAAGUGAAGGACCUAAGGAUGACACAAUGCAGCAAGGUCCUCAGAUUUAUAUCAGGACUUCCUUUGUGAGUUUGAAACACUGUAUAAUACCACAGCCUCGCAUCUAAUAUUAUAAACUAAGUGUUGGUGGUGGUGUUCACCUGCAUGGCUUAAUCGUCAUUGACUUUUAAAGAUCAGCAUUAUUAUUCUUGAUAUAUUGGCCUACACUAAUUGAGCUGCAGUGAUUCGUCUGUCCACACUGCCUCACAGUAUGCUAUAGGUCUCUGCAGAUGCCUUGUCUGUUACUGCUUAAUCUCUAGGCUGCAAAAUGGCCGUAUAAUCUCCAAGGUGUUUGUGCUGUAUGAUUUGUUUACAUGCAAAAAUGAAUAAAUCACAAAAUCCACUAUUUACAAAAAAAAUCCAAAGUGAUAUAAUCAAGUUUUACCUACCCUUAAAAAUAAUAGAAAAGACGACCCAGUGAAGUAUUAACCUGAGAAGUGAGAGAGUGCUUAUUUCUUGGUUUACAUUAAAGGAAUGUAUUAAGAGUCAUGGACUAUCGUGAAGAGGAUGCAUCAGUGUACAGAUUCUCUCCCAGUGUGAAUGUUGAGUUGUUGAAGUAGAACUUUUCCAUUGCCCAGGCCCCUCUCCUAUUUUCUUUGUUUAUCUACUUUACAUUCCUGUGCAUCCCAGAUGACCCGUAGUGCUGUAUUGUUGUGUUUGUGAAAGCUGAAUGUGUACCUGCUAAGGCUCAACUCCAUUUAGAAGCAGACACUGUAAAGCUGUUUUGUUCCUGUUGUUCCCAGUGCUACAUUCUGCCUCUCUCUGACCACAGGCAGAAAACUGAAAAAAAGAGCUGUACAGCACCUCCACUAACUGUAUUUUUCCUGCUUCCUUGUAAAAUCCUGCCAAAUAAAGAUAUUUAAUAAAUUAUGUAAGUUAUAUAACAGUGAGUUCACUACUUGUCCUCCCCAGUGGCAUUGCUUAAUAGUUUAAACCUUCUAAGCUUAAAGUCAAAAACUCUAACUUUGUUUAUGUAAAAGCUUGGUGUGACAAUAAAGCUUUUU